AUGAGUGCCACAACCGAUGCGCAACGUUUGAUCGCCGUGUCCCUCGGGAAAAUUGCCGUGUCACGCCAGCAACGUUGUGGAAUUAACCUGCAUAAAAACUUAUUAGUGGCGAGUGUCCUACACAAGGCUAGAACAACAUACAUGAUGGAUAACUUUCAGACACUUCUGGCUCAGAAACGGGCACAGGCCGAGAAAGAAGCAGCGGCCAAAAUGAUCGUGGACACACAGCCAGAAUUGCGGUCACCUUCACGCGUUGAAUUAAUGGAAAGUUCAACAACGCCCGAGGUCACAGACCGUAUCCGAACUGACAAAGCGGAGGUUCCCAACGGGGAACUGACGAACAAAGCGAGCAAGUCGUGUUCGGACAAAGAAAAUAUCGUGCCGGUUAGUAAGAACAAUGCGGAAUUAAAGUCUUCAGACAUUUGUGAUAAAUCGGAUGAUCUCCAAUCGAAGUGUUGUUAUAAAAAGGACCUUAACAACGCGGCUCCAAUUGUGUUAGGAAAACCUGCGCUGUCGUCGCGUAACAGUUCGGAUUACGUCAGCCAGUUACCCCAGUGCAGGUGUGUAGGAACAAAGCGUCGGAGACUUGCGGUGGAUUAUGAAUCAGGGUCGGCCUCAAAGCGGGCUCGAUUCACCGAGGAAAGCGAUGGAAGUGACUCAGACUUUGAGUAUGACUCGGACUCAAGUGACUGUGAUGCAACGGAAAGAAUGCAGACUGAGUCGUCUCAGGUGACCGGUCUGGUUGACAUUUUUAACAGCGGCUUUAACGGACUUUGCAAAUCUAACGAAGCGAAGCCGUCGUCACCGGCCGGACAUAUCAAUGUGUACGUCAGCGCGGACAGGUCCGUUGGCGGACACCAGUAUGUACUGAAAGACUUAAGUUGCGGCACCCAAAUAAUAGACAAAGUUUCGCUGCCCACCGCUAUUGCAUUGGCAGUAUGA